AUGACAAUGGGUAUUGGGGAGUCGUCCUUAGCACGACCCCAAUCCGGCAAUGAGGUAUACACCGACUUGUUGACCUUUUGCUUCCGCGGUCCUGUCCCGUACGACGAGAACAGGCCAUUGUUCAUUGACGCGGAAAAUCCCUCUCGAUCCUUCAGCGCGCGGCAGUUCAGAACCCUUGUGCGUACCCUUAUUGCAGGAUUGAAAGCGCACCAUGUGCAGAGAGGCGAUUGUGUGCUGGUCCACCUGGGAAACAAUAUCAUAUACCCCGCACUGUUCUUCAGUGUUAUCGGAGCUGGCGGUGUCUUCAUGGGAUCGAAUGCCCGCAGUCAACCUCAGGAAUUGGAACACCUGCUCACCUUAGCGGAGCCCAAGCUGAUCAUCACGAAUCGCGAAGCCCUACCGACCGUCCUCAAUGUCUCCACAAGCAAAGGCAUGCUCUCCAGCCAAGUCUGCCUACUGGACGAAUCAGCACCGGAUUACAUUGCACAGCUGCUUAGUGCUGGGCCAGCACCCAACCUUUCCGACUGUGGGGACGAAAGCUACCUAAACUUCACGAAUUUGCUGGGAUACGGUGAGAAUGACUGGAUUACAUUCAACGAUGAGAUGAUCGCGAAAUCGACGCCCGCGGCGAUGUUCUCCACCAGCGGGACUGGGGGGCUGCCCAAGGCGGCAGUUUUGUCGCACCAUGCCAUUGUCUCACAGCAUCUCACCAUCCAGUACGAUGUGCCCUACGCCGUUACUCGACUCAUCUCCCUGCCCAUGUUUCAUCUCUUCGGAGCUUUAUGGACCCAUAUCUUUCCUGUGCGCUAUGGUCAACCUCUUUUUGUGCUACCUCGAUUUGAGAUCACUCAGUUUGUUGCUGCCGUGUUCCAAUACCAAAUUUCCGAGACCUACAUGGUCCCCGCGAUGAUCCAUGCGUUCAAUAGGUCCACCCUACCAGUCUCCGACUAUCUUUCGUCAUUACGUUACGUUGGUGUCGCUGGCGCGCCAAUCGACGGUGCUUCUAUGCAACAGUUCCGAGAGCUUCUUCAUUUGGACGCUUAUGCCUCGCAGCUCUGGGGUAUGACCGAAGUUGGGGUUGUGUUCCAAAACCGUUAUGGUGAGCUGGGAAAUGCCGGCAGCAUCGGGAGCCUCUUACCGGGAUAUGAAGUGCGGCUAGUUGGAGCCGAUGGUAACCUAGUAACCGGCGACAACAAACCAGGCGAGCUCUAUGUCCGAGGUCCUGGUCUGCUUACGUGCUACCGAGGACGUGAAGACGCCAAAGACGGUCAGGGGUGGUUCCGCACAGGCGACGUCGCAUAUGUCAACAACGGGCUUUACUUUAUCGUCGGCCGCACGAAAGAGCUCAUCAAAGUUCGAGGCUGGCAAGUCGCACCCGCAGAACUCGAAUCCGUUCUCCUCAAGCACCCCGGCAUUGAAGACGCCGCCGUAACAGGAGUUACCUCGAAAGAUGGCAGCACAGAAGUGCCACGCGCCUUCGUCGUCCGCUCCAAGACUCUCUCCGGCACGCGCCUGACCUCGGAAGAAGUCUACCUCUUUUGCCGCCGCCAACUGGCGUCUUACAAAGCUCUCGAUGGCGGGAUCGUCUUCGUCGAGGAAAUCCCGCGCACGGCCAGCGGGAAGAUCCAGCGCUUUAAGCUCACGCAGAUGAACACCUAUCGCGAGAUCGUCUCUUCACUCCUUGCGCGAUUCCGCGGAGCCAGCCUACAAUCUGUGGGGAUCAUGCAUGGGGGCCGGAUCACCGUCUAA